ACAUCUUGGAUUUGGUACAGAUUUUUUUUUGGGCGAAAUUUCAGUGCUAUGUGAUAUUCAGAAAUAUGUUGGUUUCCAUCAGAAGCAAACCGUUUCCUCAAGCACCGCUUUCGCCGGAUUUCUACUCUCUGUUGUCAAAUUCAGGAAAGCGUGUCGCCGGGAGGGUACCGGCACGCUUUUCCGGCGCAAACAGAGGCUUCAGCCCCUGCAUUUUCGGCGGCGAGUUUAAAUCUAAUUUCAUGAGCCCAAUUAGGGCACUUGAAGCUUCUUCAGAUGACUGCAAUGAUAUCUCCGGCAAGGAUAAACUAAAGACACGUACCCUUGGAAAUUCUUCAAAUAUUUUCUGGCACAAAUGCUCAGUAGAGAAGAGUGACAGGGAGAAGUUGCUUCAGCAGAAGGGAUGUGUUGUUUGGAUCACUGGUCUCAGUGGUUCAGGAAAGAGCACUGUGGCAUGUGCAUUAAGUCGAGGCUUACAUGCACGGGGAAAACUUACUUACAUUUUAGAUGGAGAUAAUGUCCGGCAUGGUCUGAAUAGGGAUCUUAGUUUCGGAGCAAAGGAUCGAACAGAAAACAUUAGACGGGUCGGCGAGGUGGCAAAGCUUUUUUCAGAUGCUGGAGUCAUUUGCAUUGUCAGUUUGGUAUCUCCAUACAGAAAGGAGCGGGAUUUUUGUCGUUCUUUACUUUUAGAAGGAGAUUUCAUUGAGGUGUUUAUGGAGGUUCCUUUACAUGUUUGCGAGGCAAGAGACCCCAAGGGACUGUACAAACUUGCCCGCGCAGGUUUUACUGGGAUUGAUGAUCCAUAUGAGCCACCUAUGACUCCAGAGAUAGUGCUUCACGUCGAUCAAGGAUGUAAUGAUUCACCCAGUGCAAUGGCUGAGAUUGUGGUCUCUUACCUGGAAAAAAAGGGGUACCUUGAACCAUAGCCACCUCCUCACAUCCUAGCCCAUUUGUCUCCGAAAUACAGGAAAAAUAGGGAUUUAGUCGAUGACUGCAGAUUUGGCCUAUUCUGUCCAUCCGUAAUUAGAGAGGGACAACAAGGAAGAAACAGAUGGCACAUGAACAUGAAAUGAGAGAGAGAAGAAGAGGGAAUGUCAUCUUAAAACGAGGGAGAAGAAUUGUGUCUAGCUUCUUGUUUUGGCUAUUAUAUAUGAAUUGUUUUGCAGCUUCAUAACAGCA